AUGGUCGCCGACAUAGGAGAGGGUACAGACGCAAAGGUCGUCGGUUCAACAGUCUGCCAGGAGCAGAGGAAUGGGAGGAACCCGAACUGGCAGUACUGUGAUAUACAUCUUCGAUGCCAGGCCAUGAGUCCUGACGGGUACAGCUGCACCAAGAACGUCAAAGAUGGUAAUCCGGAGAAGUUCAAGUACUGCAGUGACCACGGAUGCAAAUACUCUCAUUGCGAACACGGCAAGCAUGAAGGCAGCAAAGGGUACUGCCCGGUGCACUGCUGCCUCGCCGCGCCGCACAACUCGUGCGACAAACCGCGGCUGGUCGACGACGGAUCCUUCUUCUGCGAGGUUCACACAUGUGAGGCACAGACUUGCACGGCCGAGGUCGCCGGGAGGGGCGAGAAGGGCGAUGUGAGCCGCAGCUGCGAGAAGCACCGCCAAUGCGCCAGGGACGGGUGCUCACGGCCCUGCCACACGCGGGACACGGGCGCGGCGGUCAAGUGGUGUGGCCUGCACUACUGCCAUGAGGCCUCCUGCCAGAACGACCGCGCGCCGGGCAAUAACCAGCACUGCAGGGAGCAUGUCUGUAUUGAGCCCCUUUGUGCGAGUGGCAAGAAAGACAUGGGCACUGGGCGGUACUGUAUGGAUCACCAGUGCAAGACGGACAGGUGUCUUGAGCGGAGGGAUCACAGGGUCCGUGGGAGUGAGUACUGCGCGCUGCACAUCUGCUGGGUGGAGCGAUGUCCAAAGCCAGCUGCUGUGGCAAACAGGUGUGACGAUCAUCGAUUAUGUCGAGAACCGGGGUGCAAGGAGUACAUAUUCAUCGAGAAGGGGCAGGAGGGAGAUAUCAAGUAUCCAACGUGUGAGAACCACCACAAGACGCAAUGUCCCGCGACCAACCUGGGCGGCAACCGCUGCGACAAGCGCCUCGACAGGAGCCAGAUCCACUGCAAGGAUCACUCAUGCGAGCUGGGCAGCUGCCGAAACCAGCGCAGCUUCGCGUCGGUGCAGUACUGCGAGGCGCACAAGUGCACGGUCGUGGCGUGCCAGCAGCUGCGCAAGAACGCCAUCGCCGGCCUGGAUCUUGCUUCUGGGCCCCUGCGCGCCAGCUUGCUGCUCGGCGGCGGCUGUCUCGGCGGUGUGGGAGGAGAUGGCCUGCUGAUGUCAAGCUACUGCGCCGCGCACGCGUGCGCCGGGGACGGCGGCAGAUGCGGCGACCGCGUAGCCGAGCUGGGCAGGAGCUCAUUCUGCCCGAGGCACGAGUGUUGCUGCCGCGGGUGUGCCAAGGAGGCCACGCGGCAGCCGCGGAGGAGGAGCUCAACGGGGGGUUAUUGUGAUCGACACUAUCAGAGGCGGAGGGGAGGCGAUGGAGUGUUUGGAGGACCGUUUGGGCCGAUGCCCAUGCCCAUGCCCAUGGGGAUGCCCAUGGGAUUUCCUCCUUUCUUUGGUGGUCAGGGGUACGAUAGCAGUGAUUCGGACAGUGAGUCUGAUCGUGGCAGGAGGCCUAGGGGUUUGCCUUUUGGAGGGCCAAUCUUUUGA